CUAUGGGUGACUGGUCCAUACUUGGUCGUUUUCUGUCUGAGGUACAGAACCAUUCCACAGUGAUAGGCAAGAUCUGGCUCACGAUGCUGCUCAUCUUUCGCAUCCUCCUGGUGACUUUGGUUGGUGAUGCCGUCUACAGCGAUGAGCAGUCCAAGUUCACCUGCAACACCCAACAGCCUGGCUGCAACAAUGUCUGUUAUGACACUUUUGCUCCUGUUUCACAUUUACGCUUCUGGGUCUUUCAAAUUGUGCUGGUCUCCACCCCUUCCAUUUUUUACAUAGUUUUUGUUCUGCAUAAGAUUGCCAAGGAUGAGAAACUGGAGGUGCAGAGGGGGCAGGUAAUGGCUCAAAGGCCUCACAGGAAGGGCUAUGGGCAGCUGGGAGGAGAUGGCAUGGAGGCCCUUGAGGUUGGCAUGCCUGCCUACUAUUCUCAGUAUAGUGAAGAAUGGGAUGCCAAGGAGAGAGAAGAAGUGGAACAGAGCCUCCUGGAGGAGGACUAUGGGGAGGUAGGGGAGGACCCCACCCAGCUGUCCAGCCAGGUUCUGCUCAUCUACAUCCUUCAUGUUUUGCUACGCUCUGUCAUGGAGAUCACCUUUCUGGUGGGACAGUACUAUCUGUUUGGGUUUGAGGUGCCUCACCUGUACCGCUGUGAGACCUACCCCUGCCCCACUCGCACAGAUUGCUUUGUGUCACGUGCCACCGAGAAGACCAUCUUCCUUAACUUCAUGUUCAGCAUCAGCCUGGGCUGCUUUGUGCUCAACAUCGCAGAGCUGCACUACCUGGGCUGGGUCUACAUCUUCCGAGUCCUCUGCUCUGCCUGUUCCACCUGCUGCAGUCGGGAGAAGGACACAGUGGGACUGUAUUCAAACCACAACCCCCUCCUCCUGCAGCUGAAGCAUUCACUGAGGGGAAGGCUGGUUCUCCAGACCCCAGCACCCAUAGUCCAAGAGAAGACUGGAGUUUUGCUCACCCAUGCCCCAGCUAUCUCCUUUGAGACGGACUCUACUGUGGAGUGCACCUCCAAGCGCAGUCCAGAGGACAGAGACAAAGUGAAGGUCAAGCUGGCCAACAUGGCCAGGCUAGGACGGACUAAGAAGUCUUGGUUAUAA